AUGCACUCGAUUCAGCUCAAUAGAGGCGCAGAUUCGGCCCGUGGCGAUAAUGCUGCUUCCUUGAAGCUAGCAGUUGCUUCUUGGCUGAACGAGAAACAGCCUACCCCCAACCCAGCGAUCUCCUCACAGGACAAGUCUGGUUGUGGAUUCUAUCAUGAUGCUACUGCAGAACUUAUUUGUCCUGUUGACUUUAACUGGGCAGAUAAGAGAACACAGGACGAGAUACGAAACUAUGACCAUAACUUCCAAGUUACUGCACACUCUUGGCCAACAUUCAUGUACCAGGAUGGCAGGUAUGAUCGUGAGGACCCAACAAGAGGGCUUUUCAAAGGUGCUUUACUUGUCCGAACGUUCAAACACAUCUUCACAUCCCCUAGCUCUGCCAGUGAGACCCAACCCAAUGAAGAAACAUUCCACCAGGAACCUUUAUACAAGCGGUCGAGGACCUCAGGAGAAAGACGCACCAGACAUGAUGAUGGGUUCCGUAAAUUCAAACUCAGACAUGAGAGGGAAACUGUUUUCGGCAUUGAAAACAGAAAUGCCAAAAGCAACAAUAAAAACGUCUCGAAAACGCUACUGUGA